CUUGUUUCCUUCAAGUCUCCUAGUUUUUCCUACUGCCAUCAUAGUAGUUAUUUCCUUGGAACGAUUCCGAUCUUCAAACUCCUUCUCAUCUUAGUCAUCUAAUACCCAGGUACCUACUUACCUACCUACAAACCACCAUCACCAUGUUUAAAACCGAGAUCCUCGCGGCUGUCCUAGCCAUCUGCUCUGUCUCCCUAGCAGCCCCUGCCCCUGCUCCUACGGACGCGAUGCCGCCAGCCAGCGUCACCGAGACCGCCGCCGCUACCGCCACCCCUCCCGCCACCCCAACCGGCCUGAGCAAAGUCCAGCAGAUCCUGCUCUCGGACACCCGCGCAGACGCCAUCAACAACGUGCUAAAAGACGACAAAGACUUCCUCUUCGACUUCAACACCGCGCGGAAGUUCGGCCCCGGCGCCGGCGGCGAGAUCGUGCAAGCGACGCGCAAGGCCUUCCCGGCGCUGACCGGGACCGGGAUCGGCAUGGCGGUCGGGUUCCUGGGCCCCUGCGGCUUCAACACGCCGCACGUGCACAACCGGGCCACCGAGCUGCUCAUCGUGACGAAAGGCACCGUGGUGUCCGAGAUGGUGGUCGAGAACGGCGUGGAGAACGAGGCGAAGCAGCCGCGCAACGUGAUGAACACCCUCACGGAGCUGCAGGCCACGCCGUACUACAUGGGCGCGCUGCACACCCAGUUCAACCCCACCUGCGACAACGUCACCUUCGUCGCGCCCCUCUCCAGCGACGACUUCGGCGCCAACACCAUCGCCCAGGCCUACUUCGCCCUCGAGGACGACACCAUCCGCGCCGCCGCCGGCAACCAUGUCAGCGGUGCCGACGUCGAUAAGUUCCGCCAGUUCAUCAGCACCAAUGUUGCGCUUGGUGUUGAGAAGUGCCUUAUGGAUUGCAAGAUUCCUAAGAACUAGGUAGUGUGGCGAGAGAGCGAGGGCAUAAUUCGAGUUUGAAGGGAAAAAGGGGGGGUAAGGGAGGAUUUGGGAGGGUGAUUAUAGAAAGGGUGAAAGGUCAUUCCUUAUAAAUGUUUGUACUCGGGUACGAUCAACGAUUAUAUAUGCUUGGACGAUGAUGAGUUAAGAAGCAUGAGCAUUUUUCCGGAGUUUUGGGAUGUCUUUGGUUAUUAGUCGUCAUUCAAUUUUAAUUAUCACAAUCAUUAGGCAGAUAUAAUUUAGUCACUUCAUCGCA